CCGGGUCCCUGUCGGUGUGAGGCAGCGGCGCUAACCACUGAGCCACCGUGCCGGCGGUGAUUGGCGGAGCUCCCAGGAGGGGGUGUGAUGACUACAGUCUGAGCCACCCGCUUGCCCCUCUCUGUGAUGAUCCGGUUCCUGUGACGCUCCCAGCUGGGAGUAGGUGACGCCGGGCUCCGCGGUGAUGCCGAGCCGGUCCGGAGGGCCCCCCCUGGCCGCGGGGAAGAAGCAGGUUCGGUUUUCCCGGCCUCUGCAGCGCCUGCCGGAGGAGGAGGAGGAAGAUGAGGACGAGGACGAGGAGACGCUGUUCGAGAACCGGCGGCGGUUGCGGGAGGAGGUCGGGCCCGGGCCCGGGGUGACGGUGAUUCAGGCCCGGGGAAGGGCUUCAGGGCGGGCAGGCCGCUGUGUCGACACCUUCCUGCUGUGCGGGGCCUUCCUGGGACUGGGGAUGAGCAUUGCUAUUUUGGGACCUACGUUUAAGGAGCUGGCAACUAAUGUCAACAAAAAUUUAAGCGAAAUCUCUUACAUCUUUGUGGGCCGAUCAUUGGGCUAUGUGGGGGGUUCACUGAUUGGUGGGAUACUGUUUGACUACGCAAAUCCCUACUUGUUAAUUGGAAUUUCGAUGCUAAUGACUUCACUGGGAAUGUAUACUAUUCCGUGGUGUUCAAAGGCUGUCAUAUUGACGGGAUUGAUGUCCCUCGUUGGAAUUUCAAUGGGCUUCCUGGAUACAGGUGGAAAUUUGCUCAUUUUGCUUAUGUGGGGCACAAAAGUCGGACCCUAUAUGCAGGCGCUGCACUUCAGUUUUGCUUUAGGUGCAUUUGUGGCUCCAAUCCUAGCAAAACCACUAUUGGGCACCUUACAAAAGAUCACUGACAAUAGUGGGAAUGGCAUCUUGAACAAUACCAAGAUUAGCUCUCACAGUAACUUGGUGGAUUUUAUGGAUGUACUGAAAACAACUGUUUCAGCCUUCACUCCUUUUACCUGGGCAUAUAUUGUUAUUGGAAGCUUUGUGCUUUUAAUUUCUGUAUUGUUCUUCAUUAUUUAUUUAAGGAGCAGUCCAAAUCGAAGCAGGGCUGCUGUUUCCUCCCAGGACCCUCCAUUUGCAAGAUACCACAAUGUUAUUUUGUUCCUCCUGUUCUUCUUCUUCUUCUGGUAUGUGGGAGCUGAGGUGGCAUAUGGGUCAUACAUCUUUACGUAUGCAAAAGACUUUGUUCACUUUGAUGACAACCAGGCCGCAGGCUUAAACUCAUUGUUCUGGGGGACAUUUGCCACAGGACGGGGACUCGCAAUAUUUUUAGCCACGUGCCUUUACCCUGGAACGAUGAUCCUGCUGAGUCUAAUAGGCUGCACCAUCUCAUCCAUAAUUCUGACACUCCAUAACACGAACCUAAUUUCUCUGUGGGUGGGCACUGGUCUUUAUGGAGCCUCAAUGGCCGCCACCUUUCCCAGCGGUGUAUCCUGGAUCAAGCAAUACACAAACACUACUGGGAAGUCAGCAGCUUUGUUUGUUUUCGGAGCAGCACUGGGUGAAAUGGUGGUUCCAGCUUUGGUUGGAUUCCUUCAAGGCCUUGACACCAUCAAGCAGUAUCCUAUAUUGAUGCUGACUGCUCUGGGGACCUCCGCAAUGACAGCCAUCUUGUUCCCUGUGAUGUACAAACUAGCUUCAUCUCCAAGCAGUAUCCAACCAGAGAAUGAUGACCAGAAAGCUCUGUUAGGGUCAGGGCUUGAUGAAGAUGAAAACAAUGAUGACCCUCUGGAAGACUGGAACGAUGCAGAUUUUGAAGUGAUUGAAAUGAGUGAUGUAAAGAAUGACACAGAACGGAUUCCAAUGAGAGCUGCUUCAGUGAAGAGCAUGGACCUUGUCUCUCCAGAACACAGCUCUUUCCCUUCACUUUCUACCCAGAGGUAUCUAGGUGGCUCUCCGAAAAAGAAACUAUUUAACUUGGAGAGAGAAAAGAAUGACUGAAUACUACAAACCAAGCAGAUAUGUUUACAAAUCUGUCAGCGGAAGACAAGUUAAAGGACAAAUUAAAGAUGACCCUAUACUUGAAUUACAUUUAAACACUUGCUCCUUGUCUGUCUGUUUUUGAAACAAAAUCUUUGAAAAUGUGAAUAUACAUCAGCAGGCUGCUUGUAAUUAUAUGAUUAUCAUUAGGAUAUAUUAGAGUAAAUUAUAUGUUGAUUUUGAUGUCUGAGAAGGGUUUUAAAAAUUUGCUUGACAAUUUGUAUCUCUUGUAGAGGGACUGGUAAUUUUUGUAAAUCCUGCAGCUGAAAUCUGACUUAAAUCAGCAAACCAAUCUGGAGAACUAGUUCUGAUUGUGGCCCGUCUUGUUUCUCUAUUUAAUUAUUUGUCACGUUUUAACCAUAAUCUCCACUGGUAUACAAAACUUUAUAAUCACUGAAUUGCAGAACCGUUCCUAGUAACAGCGUUGUGUGCCCUCACUACUGCAGCAUUGAGCCCUUAAAAUCUCCAGUUGCAUUAUUGUACAUUUUAGAGUUAAGAAUAGUUGAAUGUAAAGUGUGUAAUUUUGUGCAAUUUUAUUCACUUGUGGAAACAACUGGCCUAUUUGAAAAACAAAAACAAAACAGUACAAAGAAAAAGAGCAGUAAGAAAGGACAUGAUUGAAUGGAUAUUUUCUGUACUGCAUAAAUUCCAACAUUCUUCGACAAUUAUCACUUUCACCAAUUUUUGGAACAAAUAAUUUGCCAGCUUAUGUCAGUUUGAAACACAAGUCAUAGAGCUGUACAGCACAAAAAUAGACCCUUUGGUCUAACUUGUCCAGGCCGACCAUCUAGAACAAUGUUCCAAGAUGAAGCCACUUCGUACAGUCUCGACCAGCAUUUGCCCGAUAUCCCUCUAAACCCUUCCGAUUCAUGUACUUAUGCAGAUGCCUUUUAAAUGUUGUAAUUGUAUCAGGCUGCACCACUUUCUCUGGCCGUUUAUGCCAUACAUGCACUACCCUCUGUGUGGAAAAAGUUGCCCCUCAGCUCCCUUUUAAAUCCUUCCCCUGUCUCCUUAAACCUAUUCCCUAGUUGUGGACUCCCCUACUCUGGGAAAAGGACCUUGCCAAUUUACCUUAUCCAUGCCCCUCAUUAUUUUAUAAACCUCGAAAGGUCGCCUCUCAGUCUCCAACACUGCAGGGAAAAUAGCCUCAGCCAGGCAACUUUUUCACGCAAAGGGUGGUGUAUGUCUGGAAGUGGAGGAGGCUGGCACAGUUACAACAUUUAAAAGGCACCUGCAUGGGUACAUGAAUAGGAAGGUUUUGCCAAAUGCCAGUAAAUAGGAUUGACUAGAUUAAUUUAGGAUGUCUGGUCAGCAUGGAUGAGUUGGACCGAAGCAUCUGUUUCUGUGCUGUACAGCUUGAUGAUUCUAUAGGGGGGUUGUGUUUCACAUUUUUUUUUACGAUUAUGAAGUGCGUUAAACUUUCAGAAAAUUGAGGGUCAGGUUCAUAAUUUUGCACCCUCCAACAGAUAACUGUGGAGGGAACUAUGACUGGCUAAAUUGUCAGAUUUAUUAACUUGUUCACACUGAAGGUAGAAGUAUUCUGCAGUGCAUUUUUAUGAUAUCUCUUCUCCCCAUCCAUGGUAAAGUGCCCAUUGUGACCAGGGAUGUGCAGGCUAGGUAGACCUAGCCAUGGGAAAUGCAGAGUUACAGGAAUAGGGCAGGGCAGUGAGUGGGGCUAGAUGCUCUCGGAGGGUCAUUGUGGGCUCUAUGCUCUACAGAAUUCUAUUCUAUGAUCUGUUCAGCCUGUCCCUGUAGCUCAAACCUUCCUACCAUGGAAACAGCCUUGGUAAAUCUUCUUUGAACUCUUUCAGAUUUAAUGACAUCUUUCCUAUAUCAGAGAGACCAGAAUUGAAUGCAGUACUCCAAAAGUAGCCUAAACAGCGUCCGAUACUUCAACAACAUGAUCACCCAACUCCUGUGCUCAAUGCACUGACCAAUAAAGGUAGAUUAGAUUAGAUUCCCUACAGUGUGGAAACAGGCCGUUCAGCCCAACAAGUCCACACCGCCCCUUGAAAAAUCCUACCCAUGCCUAUACCCCACACACCCCUGAACACUACAGGCAAUUUAGCAUGGCCAAUCCACCUAACCUGCACAUUUUUAGACUGUGGGAGGAAACCCACGUAGACACAAGGAGAAUGUGCAAACUCCACACAGACAGGUGCCCGAGGCUGGAAUCGAACCCGGGUCCCUGGCCGUGUGAGGCUGCAGUGCUAGCCACCGUGCCACCCCCUGAGCCACUGUGCCAUCCCAAGCAGCUACAAAAAAAAAGCAUACCAAACCAAAUGCCUUCAUUAUCCUGUCUACCUCCAGCUCUACAUCCAAGGAACUGUUUAUCUGCACCCCAUGGUCUGAUUGUUCAUCAACAUACCCUAGGACCUUACCAUUAAGUGUACAAGUUGUGGCCUGAUUUGCCUUUCCAAAAUGUAGUAGUGAUAAAUCUAUUAAUUUUGCCAAUUAUUGAAAGCCUGACACAAUAUGUGUUAUACAUGAACAAUCGAAGGCUUUAGUGUUGCAGAGAAAACAUGAGUUGCUUCUGGAAGCAAAAGCAGUCUGAUUCAUGCCUAAAAUAGGUUGUUUUUGCUUGUGGGGUUUGUCCCUACAUGAAAACUGUGCACAUGGGGAAAAUCGGAACCGGUUGGCAUGUUAUCAAUUCUCAGCAGUUUUGUUCAGGCAAUAUGAAAUACAGUAAUGGAUUUCCCUCUAUGCAGCUCAAUUGCCUGAUGAAAAAUACAUUAGUAAUGCAGUAGAGUGUGGAUUAAAAUUCAAAAGUCAGUUGUCAUUAUGACAAAUGAAUUAAUCACUACUUCUUCUGUUCAAUGAUAUCACAAUUUCCAGAUACAUUGGAAAAAUUGAGAAGUUCUUUUUUUGCAGUGUUUGGAAAGUUGUUAUUCAGUACAUGUUGUGAACUGACCGUGAGUUUGUGACACUGGAUUGUUCACAAUAUUGUGAAGUCACAGAGAGAACUGGAUUUUUCAAAUUACAUGUUGGUGGAAUUCAGUAACUGGUAUAUAAAACAUGAACCUGAUUUAAUGAUAAUUAUGUACUUUAUAAAAGAAAUUGAAUCCUAUGUUUAUGCCUCCUUGUCAAAUGAAUAAUGCUAUUUUAUACUUUAAAAUGAGUGCAAAAUGUGAUUUCUGUACACACAGCCUAUUGUUUUUGAAUUUCUUUAUAGUCAGUGUUAAUAUUGGCUAACAUGGUGAAUUCUAAUUACUUAAGGGAACUGCAGAUGCUGGAGAAUCCGAGAUAACAAAGUGUGGGGCUGGAUGAACACAGCCAGCCAAGC